CGCAGGGCGAGUUGAGAGGCUGCUGGCUCUGGUGUCCUCGGCGGUUGGUCAGUGUGCGGCGGUGACAGCUGCUGUUGCUCCCCGCCCCCCGAGGAUCCGUGGUGUGUGGGGGGGAGGGGAAGGAAAAAAGGCCCAGGUCGCGUUUCCGCUCAUUUCUUGCCAGGCUUCGGGCGAUUCAAGAGAGCGGCGGCAGCGCUAAUCCUCGACGUGAGAGCUGCCGGGUCGCCCGCAGACAGGUAUGUCUGACUGCAGCAAUGAUACUACAACUCUUGGUGCAUCUAAACCAGACACAGAAGAAGUCAAGUCUAAUUCUGAGGAAUCUACCAUGGCUCAAGACUCUCCCAAAAAUUCAGUAGCAGAAAUCCCGGUAACUAGUAAUGGAGAAGUUGAUGACUCUCAUGAACAUGGCUUUAAUAGGGAUUUGAAGCGCUCAUUACCAGCUGGACUUGGUCUCUCUGAAACCCAGAUUACAUCUCAUGGCUUUGACAGUACCAAAGAGGGGGUUAUUGAAGGAGGAGCAUUUCAGGGUUCCCCAGCUCCACCAUUGCCAUCUGUUAUGUCUCCUAGCAGGGUUGCAGCUAGCCAGCCGGCUCAACAAGGAAGUGAGCUAAUUGUUCCUGCAGGUGGCCAGAAAGCACAGACAAAAAGUGGACCAGUUAUUCUGGCAGAUGAAAUUAAAAAUCCUGCAAUGGAAAAGUUAGAACUUGUUAGAAAAUGGAGUCUAAACACCUACAAGUGUACUCGACAAAUUAUCUCUGAGAAGCUAGGCCGAGGCUCAAGAACCGUGGACCUUGAACUUGAAGCUCAGAUUGAUGUAUUAAGAGAUAACAAGAAAAAAUAUGAAAAUAUUCUAAGAUUGGCUCAGACAUUGUCAACCCAGCUUUUCCAGAUGGUGCAUACCCAAAGGCAACUUGGUGAUGCAUUCGCUGACCUGAGUUUGAAGUCACUAGAACUCCAUGAAGAAUUUGGCUAUAAUGCAGAUACCCAGAAGCUGCUGGCUAAAAAUGGAGAGACUCUUCUUGGGGCCAUUAAUUUUUUCAUUGCCAGUGUGAACACUUUGGUGAAUAAAACAAUUGAAGAUACAUUAAUGACUGUGAAACAGUACGAAAGUGCCAGGAUUGAAUAUGAUGCUUAUCGCACUGAUUUGGAAGAAUUAAAUCUAGGACCACGUGAUGCAAACACUUUGCCAAAGAUCGAGCAGUCACAGCAUAUGUUCCAGACACACAAAGAAAAAUAUGAUAAAAUGCGCAAUGAUGUCUCCAUAAAACUGAAAUUUUUAGAAGAAAAUAAGGUCAAAGUCCUGCACAACCAGCUGGUCCUGUUCCACAACGCCAUCGCUGCUUACUUUGCUGGGAAUCAGAAGCAGCUUGAACAGACACUGAAACAGUUCCAUAUCAAAUUGAAAACUCCUGGGGUGGAUGCCCCAUCUUGGCUUGAAGAACAGUAAAGUCACGCCUGGGAGGGGGAAAAGAAAGUCAUGUUAUAUUUCUAAACACACGUCGUAGAAUUAAGCCGAGCCCGGGGAAGAGAGGAGUGACCGCCAUUUAGUAAUUCUUGCACAAACAGCUUUAACUUCUCCCUUUUUCAUAUUUUACCAAUCGAGCUGUUAAAUUUGAUGGGAAGGUGGGUGGUUUUAAUGUAGACGUAAUUUCUAUAAUCUGAAGACAAUAAUUUUCCUUUUUUGAGAAAUCCUUUUGUAUUGUGAGGGUUGGUGGCUACUUCUGUAGUUUGAAACACCAGACACAGAUUUGCACUGACAAGAUAAAAAUUCAAGGCUUUUGGUCCUGGAAGUGAGGGCCAGUUGUAACUUUUCCAAAGGGAGGUUUACAUGAUUUGUAUCAACAUCAGAUAUUUUAUAUAUGAAUAUAUUAAACAUCUUUAAGAGAUUCAUUUUCAUGUAUUGUCUUAAAAAGCAACUAUUUUGCAAAGUAAAAUUAUAUGGUCCCCCUGCAGCAUCCGCAGAGGCAGCAGCUCUGGGGAAAGGCUGGCCGGCCUGCAGAGUUGUGGCAGAUGCCUUCUGUAAAAUGAUCAGACUCCCUUUAAGACACAGGCCCCUGCUGGUUUGGUGAGGCUUUAGGCUUAGGAAUCUGCGUCACCUGCUGUCAUUGGCCAGCAGUUGUUUCAGCAGUUUGUUUUGAUUCUUAAUGAAACCUGCUUUAGGGAAUUUUGUAACAGGUGUUGUGGAAACAGAAAUUCUUGACGGUUUCUAGAGUAAAACUCUAUGCUUAGAAAUCUAGUUUUUGGGUAAAUUCCAUUUGAUAGACGUGAAUUCCUAAAACAGCUUCCAUUGACUUCCAUAUGUAACACUACCAGUGAAGCCUUAAAUCACAGAUACGUGCCUUCUCAAAGAUAGUAAUUCUUACUCAACCGAUGUACAUAAUCCAUAAAGAAACUCCUUUCAGAUAAUGUUUGCUGUGUCAGUUCCUUCCCGAUAUAAAUGUUUGGUUUCUUUGUAUUCGUUAAACUACAUGUAAAAUUUAUGGUGAAACCAACUUUUGAGUUAACUGUUAGGUUUUUCUUCAUUCCUUUUGCUAAAUGAGAAGAGGAAGGAAAUUUUUCACUGGGGGAAUGAAAAGGAAUCGGGACAGUGUGGUGGCUCAAGGAGAAGGAUUGGGAAGGCCAGUACUGUCUGCACGGCUCAGCACCUUUGGGCUUGUGUUACUCCAGCUGGCCUGUCUGCUGCCUGGUUCUAUCGGUAAGGUAAACCUUUUUAAUGGAGGUUUUCUUGAUUUUUGUCAUGGACUUAAGUUAAUAUUUUGAAUGGUAUUUUUUUCACCUGUUCAUGUCUUUUGUGUUGAAAUGAAGUACUUAAAAUUACUGUUAUAUGUGCAUUUUGUGGACUGUAAGAUUUGUUACGUAUGUUCAAAUGCCUGGUAGCUGGCUUUCUAACUAACAUGCCUGUUUUCAGUGCUUCAUACAAUGUAAUGUGAUUGUAAAACAUAAACCUAUUUUAAAUCAUUCCCUCCUGUAUAUUUGUACUCUGAAAGAGCCUUAUAUUAUUCUUCCAGCAGAAUUACUACUUGUAAUAGUCCCUUUACAUUCUCCAGAAUGUGCCUCUGGUGUGAAGUUCAGAUUCUUAAUAAAAGCGUUUGCUGCAGCA